UCUGUUUUACAUCCACUUUAAAACAAGUGAGGUUGCAUUAUGGAUCAGUAGGCCAUCACUCCAGACUACCUAUCUUGUCCAAUCAAGGAUAAUUUAAAGAAAACGCUACGUUCUCCUUUCAGUUUACAGCCUGUCAACCACUCAAAGCAAUUUGGUAAUAAAUAAAUAAACGUUUCACACAGUUAUAGUGGGGAAAAAAAAAAAAAAAGAAGAAGAAGAAGAAAAGAAGCCCAAGCAACCAGACUAUAACUAAGAUUAAUAAUUGAGGGAAGGGGGCGGGGGGAACGGUUUAAACAGAGCACGCCAAAGGGAGAAAAUGGGCGAAGUUCUCCCGGCUGCUGGUCUGUGCCGAGCGUUGUGCUCUGCUGCCACCUAGGCCGCGCUACGGGACGUGCAGCCCGCAGAGCUCGCCGCGCACCUGGGCGGCACCGCCCACCGGCCUGGGAACCUCGCUCGGGUCUGAGUGGAGUCGGCCCUCAUGCCAUCCGUUAUUAUAAAUAUGAUGCAUAAAUGAAUAUAAAUGUAUACUGGGUCUUUUUUUUUUUUUUCGGUGGAGGGGGGGAAGCGAGGAAGGAUAACAAACAUCACAAUUUACAGAGAACAUAUAUAAAUGAAUAUUAGAAACCUAAAGGACUUUGCAAAUUUAUUUGUAUCCUCCCUAUGUCUCCGUGUUACAAUGCUGCAACGUUGUCUUGACAUCAGGAUCCACCGAGCUGACGGCACUGACUUUGGAAAGCACUUUAUUACAGCUUUGAAUAGCACAUGCGUUUUCUUUUCUUUUUUUUUCUUUCUUUCUUGUUGCUGCUGUUGUUUUCCCUCACUUUAAGACUCUCUUCUACUUUGGAGGAAACAUGUUCUGGCAUGCUGGAGUUUGCUAGUGGUAAAUAUUUCCUUUGACUACUAAGUAUAUGUGUCAAAAAGGUUUUGGUUUUUUUUUUUUUUUUUUAAUCCCCCAGGAAACAAGCUCCUUUCUCACUUGCUCUGUUGUUAUUGAUAACGUGAAAAGGAGAUGGAUCUGAAAGUCUGAGUGAAAUAGCGCUCUCAGAUACUUACUUUUAGCCAUAUCGAGCUGAGAAAAGUGCAGUUCCGUAUGAAUUCCAUAUGAUGCAUGUGACACUUUGCAUACCAAGCCCGGUGAUAAACGGACUGCAGGUAAGCCCCCAAGGGACUGCUUUGCUGGGAGGAUUUUUCCAGUCUCUAACCACAGAAGUAUUCAGAGCUGAAUAGCUCUCCAACUACUCCCCAGAGUUGGCUGUUCUGAUUUGUUUCAAUUCAAGAACAGAAAAUGACGUGUAAUGAAGAUCCCCCAGCAAGUAAGCGGUGCCCAUGCAACAAGCAGGGAUGCAAAGGGUUAAGAUACUGACUUGCUUGCUAGGCAAAGUUUGAGGAAGAAUAUGUCUUGAGGCUGAGCACGCCGCAGCACCGCGUUUGGAAUCUGUCACCCUCACUUAGGAGUUUCGCAUCUCCGCUUGUCACCGGUGAAUAAUGAUCACGCGGCGAUAAGAUCGCGCGGUGGCGGUGUGCCGGAGCCGCCGGGGGAGAAGCAGAGGGAAAUUACAGGCGUUUAACGCUGCAGAGGGGGUUCCUCGGUCAUUGGCGGUUUCACAGUCAAACUACCCGCUGGACAGAGGCUUGGGAAGUACAUUUCCUUCCUUCUUUCCUUGAAAGAAACCUUGGGUGACAGUGACCAUCGGCAGCCAUGGAAAGCAGAGACCUUGGUGGUGAUCCUUAAAACAAUACCAUGCCGGAACCCAACUGCUCUGCCACUUUCUCCCCUUGCAACCGGCCGGACCCGGUGGGCUUUGGGUGAUUACUUGGAGACCUCCGCAGGAGCAGGCAGGCCAGAUCCAGCUGAUAGCUGUUAUGAGGACUUUGCUGACUUCAGAAAGCUGAGCAUAACAUCAACAGACUUCAGUGAAAGGAAAUAUUAUCGCUCCAAGCAACUUGUACACAGACAACUUUUGGUAGCUUUAAAUUAACUGGUCGCUCACCUACAAGAACACGGCUAUUGUUUCUUUCAGCACACAUGGAGGAAAGCAACAAAAUUUGUAACCCUGGCUAAUAGGACUGUGGCUUUCUUAUUAACAGUAGGAGGUGGGCCAAUUGUAAAAGGAUUAUUUUAUACUUAGCCUGAAGGACUUUAUCUCUGCUUGAACAGUGGACAUAAUCUGAAGCCAAUUUUAAUGACCUGAUAUUUUGCUACUUGUCCUUUAUUAUUGUUAUCAGUUCUUUAACAGUUUGAUACCUUAUUUCUUUAAAUUGGAAAUGGGUUCCUUGACUAGAAUGUGGCCCUCAGACUGGGCUGUUCUCAUGAAAUCAUGGCUCAUCUUUUCCCUGGGGCUGUACAUGCAGGUCUCCAAAACUUCGGCCUGUCCAAAAGUGUGCCGCUGUGACCGAAACUUUGUCUACUGUAAUGAGAGAAGCUUGACCUCAGUGCCUCUUGGGAUACCAGAGGGUGUAACUGUCCUCUACCUCCAUAAUAACCAAAUUAAUAAUGCUGGAUUUCCUGCAGAGCUGCACAGUGUCCAGUCUGUGCACACAGUCUAUCUGUAUGGCAACCAAUUGGAUGAAUUCCCAAUGAACCUGCCCAAAAAUGUCAGGGUUCUCCACUUGCAGGAAAACAACAUUCAGACCAUUUCUCGGGCUGCUCUUGCUCAGCUCUUGAAGCUGGAAGAACUGCACCUGGAUGACAACUCCAUCUCCACUGUUGGAGUUGAGGAUGGGGCAUUCCGGGAAGCCAUCAGCCUCAAGCUUCUGUUCUUGUCGAAGAAUCACUUAAGCAGUGUACCAGUAGGCCUUCCAGUGGACUUACAAGAACUUCGAGUAGAUGAAAACCGAAUUGCUGUCAUUUCAGACUUGGCCUUCCAGAAUCUUACAAGUUUGGAGCGUCUGAUUCUGGAUGGCAAUCUACUUACUAAUAAAGGCAUAGCUGAAGGCACUUUUAGCCACCUCUCCAAGCUCAAGGAAUUCUCUAUAGUCCGUAAUUCACUGACCUAUCCUCCUUCUGAUCUUCCAGGUACACAUCUGCUAAGACUCUACUUGCAAGACAACCAGAUAACCCAUAUACCACUUACAGCCUUUUCAAAUCUUCACAAACUGGAACGUCUUGAUAUUUCCAACAAUCAGCUUCGGAUGUUGGUAAAGGGUGUGUUUGAUAAUCUCCACAACCUGAGGCAACUCACCGUAAGGAAUAAUCCCUGGUUGUGUGACUGCAGUAUUAAGUGGGUCACUGAAUGGCUCAAAUUUAUUCCCUCUUCCAUCAAUGUACGGGGUUUUAUGUGCCAGGGACCAGAACAGGUCCGAGGUAUGGCAGUCAGGGAGCUUAAUAUGAAUAUGCUGUCAUGCCCCACCACCACCCCUGGUUUGUCACUUAUCAUCACCCCAGUCCCAGCUACAGACAAGCCAACUACACUAGUUACCUCUUCAUCAGUUCCUCCCCCAAGUACUAAGUAUAGUCCUUUGACUCCUACCAUAGUCACACUCCCCACUGUGCCUGACAGGGAAGACAGAGAAAGGGUAACACCUCCUAUAUCUGAACAAAUUCAACUCUCUAUCCAUUUUGUGAAUGAUACUUGCAUCCAGGUUAACUGGAUAUCUCUUUUUACUGUGAUGGCAUAUAAACUCACAUGGGUUAAAAUGGGCCAUAGUCUGGUAGGAGGAAUUGUUCAGGAGCGAAUAGUUAGUGGUGAGAAGCAACACUUAAGUCUGGUAAAUCUGGAGCCCAAAUCCACCUAUCGGAUUUGCUUGGUUCCUCUGGAUGCUUAUAAUAAUUACCGAACUGGAGAAGACACUGUCUGUUCAGAAGCCACAACCAAGGCUUCCUUUUUGAACAACGGCAGCAACAUCCCCUCCAGCCAUGAGCAGACAACUUCUCAGAACCUGGGUUCCCCAUUUCUGCUUGCAGGAUUAAUUGGAGGUGCAGUGAUAUUUGUGCUCGUGGUCUUGCUCAGCAUUUUUUGCUGGCACAUGCACAAAAAGGGACGUUACACCUCCCAGAAGUGGAAAUACAACCGGGGCCGUCGGAAAGAUGACUACUGUGAGGCAGGGACCAAGAAGGACAACUCCAUCCUGGAAAUGACGGAAACCAGCUUCCAGAUUGUGUCCUUAAAUAAUGAACAGCUCCUUAAAGGAGAUUUCAGACUGCAGCCCAUUUAUACCCCAAAUGGGGGCAUUAACUACACAGACUGCCACAUCCCCAACAACAUGCGAUACUGCAAUAGCAAUGUCUCAGACCUGGAGCACUGUCAUACAUGAUAGUGAGGGGAGAUGGGGGUGUCAAGGACAAAGAGAAAAAACUCUGAAAAAAAGUAACCCUCACAACAAUGAAAAAAUUACAUUUGAUAAAUGUUACACAGAUGCAUUUAUGCAUUUGAAUACUCUGUAAUUUAUACGGUGUACUAUAUAAUGGGAUUUAAAAAGUGCUAUCUUUUCUAUUUCAAGUCAAUUGCAAAUGGUUUUGUAACUUUGCUUUUUAAAUCUAAAAAAAAUAUUGCUAAGUACUGUACAGGGUUGUACAAUAAGAACCCAGUGUCAUGGCAAAGGAAAGAAUGACUCAUUCUUCAAACAUUAACCACUUUGCUGUCGAAGCUGUCUGAGCGAUGUAAGUUCCUAGGUGUCCUGUAAUACAGGAAAAUAAGUGCAUAUUAAAGCAGGGUUACUAGGAACGGCCAAAAGCAAUUCAGAUAAAAUGCGUAAAACUCUUUUGACUCAAAUCCAGCAGUUGCUGCUGAGUUCAAACAAUUUGAAAUAUUUCUGUUCCACUUUGUCAGUUCCGUAUUUUCUACCUCCAACUCAAGGCUAGAGUUCUGACUGCUACCAAAAAGGCUACUUCUUAUUUGAUUAGUUUUCCCCAGUAUACUUGGAAAGGUAGACAGAACUCAGUGUCAAACUUGAAGUGACCUUGAUUCUUAUUUGCAGAAUCUAUUCUGAAAAUGUCCCCCAAUGCCAUGCAUUUUUAUGUUAGAAAUGGUUCCUGCUUUUCAUUAUGAUUAAGAAGCUUCAAGAAUUCUUUGACCCUUCUCAGUGGGAGAUGAAGGUUAUCAGUAUGUAACAGAUAGUUGUCAUUAGAUUGCACCUCUCAUUAAUAGAGCAGCACUUGUGACACAGCAUGUUCAGGUAAAACCCAAACAGGGAAAUUCUAAGUGCUCCCAUCUCUGCGGUAUUCAUGUAGAAUUUCCAGUCUGAAAGUGGAAAUUGGUGAAAACACGUUACAAAAUAUAAUGUCAGUGGAAAGGUUGCCAUUGGUUUUUAUGGUUCAAGCUCUGAUUUAGCGGUUUGACUUACAUUCAGUAUGAAGUAAGAAAAAGAUAAGAACAAUCGACAAAAAAAAACCCUAAACACGAACGAUUAAUUUAUUACUGAAAAGACUUCCAGGCCUAUUGUGAACUGAAAUAUGUACAACAGGGAAAAUCAUGAAUAAAUUCAGUGGUUUUUUUUCCAUUCAGGUGAACAGAGAUGGAUAUUCACUGAGGAAUUUUGAGAACACGAGUACACUGUUUCUCCAAAUUACCCUUCUGAUAUCUUAAGCUUUUUAAGUUUUCCACAAUGAUCUGUAUUUAAAAAUCAGCAGGUGGGCUUAGAAUUUGUUCUUUCAUUCCCUCAACUUCUUUAGCUGGAAUCACUUCUGAGUGAUGCAUUAUGUGAGGCAUCAUGCUUGUAUGAAAAUUACAAUGCUGUUCUCAAAAUUAAACCAUGUUCCAACAACUCCACUGACUCUGUGGCUGCCAGGAACUCUGGAUUUCUUGCCAACUCAGCGGUGGAAUUUAAUUUUUCCUUUUUCUUUUUUUUUUUUUUUUUUAAAUGUGACUUACUUUCUCCUGAGCUUGGGGACAAGCAAAAGUUCACAACAAGGAGAAAAAAGAGAAACUUUUUUUUUUUUUUUUUUGACAGAGUAGGGAACAAAAUAAAUUUUUUUGCAGUGACUAUCUAGGGACAGAGAAGUGAAUUGGAAAUAAAAGCUGGAGCACUUUUCUUGUGCAGUGCUUGGACUUUUCAUUUUAUGAGGCUGCUUAUGUUGGGAGAGAGGGUUUUAAUCCUUUCCUUUGCUCAAUUCAGUCAACCUAUUCUUGAAACCCAGCAGUCUAUGAGUGUCCAUUUUCUCAAAUUCAAAUUGCAUGAUAACAUUCAUUUUCUGCAAAAGCAAAAUGAAUCCAGUUACGAUUGAUGGCAAAGUACAAUCAUUAUAUAAGGAACUGCAUCCUUACCCUAACCCCUUUUAUAACUGCAGUUUGAAAUUCCACUCUAUAUUCUGUAUAUUUGUUAUUUUCUCCAGCUAUAACAGGUAUUUUAGGCAACCUGUGUGGCUACUGCAAUAGUAAAGUCACUGAAAUUUUGCUGAAUAAAAGGCUGCCAUAUGAUUUCAAAUGGUGUAAUUCUAGAUAGAAACGUCUAUGCAAAGUCUUUUCUCUGUGACGUAUUUGCUUACAAUUAUGAUGAGAAGGUUGAUAAUUUUGGUUUGUUUGUUUAAUAUGUUUUAGCUGCCAAAGCCCAAAAGACAAGCAGCAAAUAGUUGAGCUUCUGCACGCUUCCAUUGCAUGCUGGACACAUAAGAGUUUGAGACUAAGUAGAAACUGAGAUUCCCAUUGGGUGUGGAUGUAACAUAUAAUUUCACUGAAAUAACAAGCUGUAUGUUUGAUUUCAAAGGACAUCUUUUGAAUGUAUGCACAUGCUAGCUUUUCAUACUUCAAUGACUGAUGCUGGAGGAAUCUUUAUCCUCCUUUUUGAACGUCUGUUCUAGGCCUCAGGAUACCAUAGUUUUAGGAUGAGCUAGGAGCCUUACUUGUAGCAAAUUUCUUAUUCAGGGAAUUCAGCUGUCCUCUAAGUGGAAGAUCGCAAGCCUAAAAUGAAGACAAUAAAUGUGGUUACUGUUCUAAUAAGGUGAAAACUGAAGACAUUCAUAAAAUGCUUGGUUUCAUCUCGGAUGAUGAACUGUCUAUACAUGUAUGCAGAGUAUAACUGGCUUACCUAGAUAAAAAAUCACAGUAUUAUUAAAGAUAGUAUAGUUGAAGCUUCUUUUCAGUUUGAAGAAGAAAAUAUAUAUUGAUAAGGGAUACUGACAAAGAUUCUUUUCAUUAAGUACACUUCAGAAAAAAAAAGUAGAAAGCCACUUACAACAAAAUUCAAGGAUAGUAGUGGGAAAAUUACCUAAGCAAAUUCACAAUUGCAGUCUUAAUAAUCCAAUAGGACAUAUGUUGAAUUCGAAGAAUGAUUCUUCCUAUUGAAAUUGCUUUCCAACUGCAGAAGAAUUCAUGUAUUCAGCCUACAGCAAUGUUUGGGAAUGUUCAAAGUGUUAGUCACGCAGACAACUGAGGCUUCAUUUCUUAUUGUCUAGAUAAGUAUAUUGAGGAGUUUUCAUUAGAUUUGGAAAAAAAAAAUCAGAGUUAAAAAAGGACAAUGAUCUUUUGGAGAUAUAAAGUUUACUAUCAGUAAACAUUUAACUGUUUUCCUUGGGCUUGUGAAGAUGGGGUCAUCUUCACUUAGUAGAAAUGUCUGACUACAGAUACUAGUUAAGGGAACUACAGAGCAGAAGUCCCAAAUGAGUGCACAUACAACUCAUUAGAAACUCAAAAGUGAUCAAUUCUUAAUCCUUAUUUGCAGGUGUUCAUUGAAUGUGGAGACAAAUGAAUGGUUACAGACAACAUCUCACCCAUUGUCUGUUGUAAACUGCUCAUAACUGACCUAAGUGUAUAGGUAAGAUUGAUGAGUGGAAUAAAAUAAGAGUUUAAGGGAAAUUAUGUUAAACUGGUAUCACACCACCACUUUGUUCAGUGCUACAAUUCCUUCUGAAGAUUUAUUUAUUUACAAAAAGGUCCUUUUUUCACAGAUUCUGUCAUUAUAACAAAUGUUCCUUGCAUGUAGCUUGUUAGCAAAAAUAAUAAUAAUAACAUAAUAAUCUGAUGAAUGCAUGGACAUUUCUUUAAAAAGUUAUUACUGGAAACACUAUUAUUGAAUUUCUUCAUAAGAAUAUUUAGACACUGGUUUACUUUUGACUUCAAAUAUUAGCAAUUUUUCCUGUAAGCCAAUAAAGAAAUACAAUGAAUGUGAUGUUAAAAGAAAAAUUAAAUAGCUUAUGCUAUUUUUUACUAGAGUAGUUCAACUAUAUUUUUUCUCUCAAUCAUUUUCUCUUUUUAAGAGAGAAAAUUUCUUCCUCUAAGAAAAGUAUUGAUUUUAAUUUUACAAGGAAAAUAACUUUAUGCAUAUUAUAUUGUUACGAAGUUAAGGGUCUACAUAAGGCACUUUAUUGAUGAUACUGUAAGGAAAGUUGUCUCAGAUUUUGACAGUGAAGUGGUUAAUUCCCAUCUAUAGUACUUCUUCAGCAUAAAUUUUAACAUGGAGAUAUUAAUUUUAUUUUAUUUUUUUAGAGCAUGAGAAUAAUGGUUUUACUCAGUGGGAAAACAAACAAACAAACAAAAAACAAGAAAGAAAUGAAUGCCAAACCUAAGCAUUACUGUCUUUAAGCCUCAUUAAAUCAUGCCUGAUGCUCUCUUCCAAACACAGUGAUAAUCCUAGGAAGCUGAUGAUAACUCCUUCCCUGAACUCUACUGAACUGGGCAGUCUCUAUCUCAAGUGAUAAUACAUGCAAUGUCAAACUAUUUGGCAUUAAACUUAGGUACAGCAUAGAAUGCCUUGCUCUUUACAAGAACACUGGCUAGUAGUCCUUCUGCAAAACUAGUCCAAAAGACAUCCGACAAAAUUUUAUUACACUGGGACUAUGUAGGAAUUGUGCCUAAUGACAGCUGACCACUGGUCCUCUCAGAAACAAGCCACUAAAAAAAUUGUCAUCAUCACUUGGUCCCAGAUAUCUGAAGAUGAUCUUUCAUAAAACUGAUUUUAACUGAGACAUGCAUACAUGAUUCUGUUCUGUGCUUGGUAUAUUUUCUAUCUUUAACAUAGAAAAUUAGAUGAUUUGAAGUCUGCAUUAUCUGUUUUCUGCAAUAUGCCAUGUUGCACGCAUUGUUAACUUCAAAACCUCGCUAUACACUAUAUAUUAUCUUGUUGACAUAUUCAGUAAAAAGUUAUUUAAAACAAUAACAUCAAUCCUUCUGUAUUUAUAUGAACAAGAUGAUUAAAAUAAGAAUGUGAACAUCUGAAAGAGAAAAUAGAAAAACAAAAAUAUCAACUUCUGUUCUUUCAUUCCUGGAAUUUUUUUUCUAAUGUUUUACUGUAUGCCCAUGUUCUUCAGAUGCUAAAGGAUGAAUAUUUUUAACUUCUGUCUGUCAAAGAGUUAAAUCAUUUGUUACUUCAGUUUCUCAUAUUUAAUUUUUAUAGGGUUAUCUCAUUUUGAUAUGCAUAUAAGAAAGUAGUGUAAAGAACAGAUUGUAAUCCAGUAUUUGCAAUUAAUGGGUACAGUUAAGUAACUAUACAUAUCUACAACAGAUACCUAUAUGUGGAAGCUCAGACCCAUUAUAUGCAUAGUCAUUCGAUAAAUGCACUUGACAUUCAUCCUUGACAGUCUUAAACCUGCAUUUUACCGAUUUAUUAUUUCCUUGAAAUGAAAUGUGAUUUUUUUCCCAAUUCUCCCUUCAAAAUUGUUCUUGAAUUUUCAGAAUUUUUUCAGACAUAAGCCUUAAUAAAUUGUUGUAUACCUUCUACCUAAUACAUUUGGCAAUAUAUGCAGUGUGUAUAAAAAUAUAUUUUAGGUACAUGGGAAAGAAGAGUUACAUAUACAAUAACUAAAUUUUGCCUUUGCCAGAACCUGAAAUAUUGAAUGUUACAAGCUGUGUCACUUCAGAGUUUAGGAAUGUAACACUGAUGAAUGUCAAAAUUUCUCUGUAAGUUAUCUCAUUCUCUGUCUUAACCCUGAAAGACAAGGAAAACUACCAAUAGCUGUUGCGCAGUAUGUCUACGUGUACAUCACUCCCUCCAGCAUUCACUAUGCUUCCUGAACAUGGUAUUUCCUCUGAGCUAGAUUAGACCUUGGUACCUAAGUUACCUUUUCUUACCAUGGGAAGGUGGAGAAUAGAAGUAACAGAAAUAUAUAAGCACUGGUGGCCAUUCAGUAAAAUAAUUCAACUACAUGGGUAGAAAUGUGGUAACAAUUUAACAAUGCUUUAUAUCGUUAAAACAAGCUAGAACACUGCUAUAGUGAAAUCCUGGUUCCAAUGAUUUCAGUUAUAAUCUGAAUAUUUAUAGGAAUAAAGUAUAUACCAGAAAGAUUAAAAACACCCAGUAUGAUAAACUCUAUAAUGUUACACUGUGUAUUGUCCUCAUAUGAAAUAACCAAGAAAAACAGUACUCCUACGCUUUAACAGAUAUCUGUUUUGAAAAGUUAGUGGUGCAAUGAAAUGCAAAUACUUCAGAAAAACUGAGGUAAGAUAAUAAUGUAAAACAGACCAACAAUGUCCAUUCCAAAGACACAGAAAAUAUGAGCUUUUAAAAUUCACAAACAGGCCACUAAGCAUGGCAAGAAGGUUCUUUUACAUACAAGCACACAUAUUUUCUGCUUAGAACUCCAUACACGGGGUAACAUAUGUAACUGCAAAACUGCAUGCAAGAGUUUGCAUUAAAAGUUUUAUUCAUUAAGAUUUUAUAUUAUAGAUACACUUACUUAGAGGCAUCUUGCAUAGAGUAAGAACAAUUUUGACCCUAUGCACUUGGUCUAUUCAAAUGUAGAAAGCAGACAGAAGGAGAACAAAAGUCACGCUGAUUGCACUAUACUGCUUUUCUAAGUGCAGAAUACCUUGAAAAACGACGUAUAAACUUACGGAAAAUCCAGCUCAGACUGGUGUGUUUACAGCUUUAACAUGCUCGGUGCAAAAGCAAGAUGUUUCUGUGGUGAAUAAUAGUCAAAGUGCUAAAGUGAACAUGACUAUUCUUGAAAAGCACAAUUGCCAGAAAAAUACAAUUAAAAUGUUGUAUUUCUCAAGUGAAAUAAUUAUUUUAACUCUUAUAAAUUUGGAGCAGGUAAUAACACAGAUAAAUAAAAUUCUUUGUGAUAGGUAUUUGAACAAUAUAUUUAAAGAAUGGAAUGACGUAAUUUUUAUACUUCAAAACAAAUUGUUGAUAAAGAAAAAACAGAUUAUUUUCUGUGAAGAUGACAUAUAGUAGUAACGAUAGUAGUACAGAAAACAGUGAUACUCCUCUUUACUGACAUUUUUUGGACAUGAAAAAAGACUCAUAUGCCCUUUAACAUAAUUUUAUUUUUCUCUUCUUUCUAUUCCUCUGCAAUUUUUCAGACUUUUCAGAUCAGAUCCUCUUCAAAUAGAUAUACUGUAUUCCAAAACAAUCAAAUCCUUGGAAAUACCUACAGCACCUUUAAAUGAAUAGAUUCAAGAAAAUGCAAUAAAAUCACUAUUUAAAGGAAAUUCACAAUGUUUGCUCAAAACUUUAGUAGUAUUUAAAAAGAUGACUAACAAACUAGAAUAGCUUUCUAUUUCUAGCUAUGAUAAGCCCUUCCAAAUUUCUAACACACCCUCCUGAAUUUAAAGCUUUGGCUUGGCCUUAAAGUCACAUGUUUUAAAUGAUAGUCUUUCAAGGCUAAUCUCAAAUGUCUUCACAAACUGUUUUGUGCAAUCACAGUUCAGGAACCAAUGUGUAAUUCAUUGUUCUCUGACUUACAAUGCAAAUGUUAAGAAUUUUUCUGAUUAAAGAAACAUGUUAAGAAAAUUUGA